AUGCACAAGCUCACAAAGGCGCCACUGGCCCUAAACGGACUGGGUCGAUGUUUCAUAACAGAGAAGCACUUAUCUGGUGUAAAUAUAAUCAGGAGAGGACUGGUAUGUUCGGAAAAUACGAUAGAUUCUAACAAAACCGAGGUAUAUGAUGUGAUUAUAUCCGGGGGAGGGAUGGUUGGAUCUGCAAUGGCUUGCUCUCUAGGCAUGGAUCCCAACUUGUCAGAGAAGAAGAUCCUGCUCCUUGAAGCAGGCCACAAGAAAGUUAUGGACAGACUGCCUGACACCUACAGCACCAGAGUCAGCUCCAUCAGUCCAGGAUCAGCAACCCUCCUCAGCGGUAUUGGAGCGUGGGAGCACAUCACCAGGAUGAGAUACAAACCCUAUAAAAGGAUGCAGGUUUGGGAUGCCUGCUCUGAUGCCCUAAUCACGUUCGAUAAGGAGGACCUGCUGGAUGAGAUGGCAUAUAUUGUGGAGAAUGACAUCGUCGUGGCUGCAAUCACUAGACAGCUGGACACGCUGCCUGAAAAUGUGCAAGUUAAGUACAAGUCUAAAGUGGUGAAGUAUACUUGGCCGAUGCCUCAUCACGCAGCCGAGUCCAUCCCGUGGGUGAAGGUCACUUUGGCGAAUGGAGAAACUCUUCAGACAAAGCUGCUGAUUGGUGCCGAUGGGCCAAAUUCAAUGGUGAGGCAGAAGCUGGGAAUACCUACAGUGAAGUGGAACUAUGACCAGUCUGCUGUGGUUGCAGUGCUUCAUCUUUCAGAGCCCACAGAGAACAAUGUUGCUUGGCAACGGUUUCUCCCAACUGGACCCAUCGCAAUGUUACCGCUUUCUGACACAGAGAGCUCACUGGUGUGGUCCACAGGACAUCACCUUGCAGAGGAGCUGCUGGAGCUGGAUGAGGAGAGCUUUGUCGACGCUGUCAACUCAGCCUUUUGGAGCAAUGAGAACCAGUCAGACCUAAUUGAGACAGCCGGCGCUCUGUUCCGGGGCGCACUGUCGGCCAUCAUGCCAUCAGAAGGUUCACCGCGGCAGCUUCCACCCAGUGUGGCGGGGAUCGGGCCAAAGAGCAGGGUCAUGUUCCCGCUUGGAAUAGGUCAUGCAUCAGAGUACAUCAGGCACAGGGUGGCGCUCAUCGGAGAUGCAGCACAUCGUGUCCAUCCGCUGGCAGGUCAGGGAGCCAACCUGGGUUUCGGGGAUGUGGCUUGCCUCACACAGCUCCUGAGCCAGGCAGCUUUUAAUGGGAAGGACCUGGGAGCAAUACAACACUUGUUGGAAUAUGAGACAGAACGUCAGCGACACAAUUUGCCCAUGAUGACUGUCAUCGACCUCAUGAAGCGUCUUUACUCCACCAACGCAGCUCCUGUGGUUCUCCUACGCACCUUCGGCCUGCAGGCCACCAACAUGCUCCCGACUCUAAAAGAGCAGAUCAUGGCAUAUGCAAGCAAAUGAUGCACCUGCAGGGAAGCUCUCAUCAGUGGAUCUUCAUUAAACUCCUAGCUUUAAAAGCUAUUAAGAUUCAUUUUUGUCCAUGUAAAAAUGAAAUUAAAAAACCUCUUUAUUUAUGUCUUCUUGUGUUUUU